AUGUCACUGAAGUUACAGAAAAUUAAAGUCAUGGCUUAUGCCUAUGAACAGCUGAUCAAGUGUGCAGCAGCAUGUAACGAUGCUAAUCCUGAUGAAUUAACGAGACGAAUCGUACUCAAGUUUCGACUUGUGAGCGAAUGCAUUCAAUCGCAAGAUGCUGAAACCGUGAAUCAGUGUGCGACCGAAUGCCGUCAUCCAGCUGAUGCAACUGUGCAGUUUGAUUCUUCGCCGUCUGCGACAGUCAAUCCGUUCGCAUUUUUCGACAGUAUUACCCCAGUUUGCCGUUGCAGCAGUCUCGAAUGUAUCGUGAAAUGCACAAUUUCGGAAUCGAACAAAAAAUGUGCUGGUUCAGGAGAUAUUUUCAGAGAUAUCGCACUCAAGCAAAUAAUUGUUGCGAGUGAACGUCUUCGUAAUGAUCUUGAUAACUCAUCGUCGCCAGUUGCUGGACAACUGGCGAAGAUUUACCUUGAAGCACUUCCUGACGAAUGUAUGUAUAUCGUCGAUCCAGCUAAAUAUAAUGCGGGUGAUGACGACACAGUAAAAGUGACGAUUAUUGAUGAUGGCAGUAUAUCUGAGCAAAUCAGUACUCAUUUCGAUACAAUCUCCACGACCACUCAAGGCUUCUCAGGAGAUAGUUCACAAGAAAGGGAUGCAACGUCCACAAUAGCAACGUUCGCUUUUGAACCAGUCAAUGAGCCAGAGAUUCCAAUUGGACCACCGUCGUUCGUAGCGCAAAUCCCAAAUCUGUCGAAUGUUGAACACAUUCCUGAGAUAGAUGAUCCCAGUGAAGCAGAGAGCAGUAGCAGUCUAAUACCUGAAAUCAACGAGCAGCCUCUAAAUGACAAUACUACUGCCCAUCGGUCAACGUCUAGCGAAACUACUCAGUCCAGUCUUCUUAACGAUGCAACAUCAAGCAUAUCAUCUGAACAUGCAACUGAGAACGACCCAGCUGAAGAGGUUCAUCUUGAGAAAAUCGAAACGAGCACAAACGAAGCUGAACGCACAAUUAUGGUGGUGAACGACGACGAAUCUGAAAUCGCUCAUAAUGAAGUACGAGAAGAGAAUCACGAGGCACAACAACAAAAACAACACCAUGUUAGAGUUCUUCUGCUUAUUCUUUUUCGCAAAAUCAAUUGGUAA